UUUUUUAAAUUUUAUCUUAAUUUUUUUAUUCCAGGUUGCGGCUCUUUGGUCAAAACAAAAUUAAGGUCUUUAGUUUUUGAAAAAUUUUUUCGAAUCAACUUUUACUGGUAUGCUGCUCGCGAUUCAAAAACAUGGUUUAAUUGAAAAUUGGUCAUGGGUCUUGGGUCAUGUUUCGGGUGUCUUAGUUGUCAGGGGUUAUGCUGACUAAUCAAAGAUCGACCACCUUUUUGGUCAUCAUGAGGAAUUCGCUUUUGGUCACUUCGGUAGAUCAUUCGGGUCCAAGUGAUAGAUCAUUAGGAGUCCCUUUGAUUAGUCAGGAAUUAUCAAAGAUCGCCCUUUUGGUCAUCAUGAGGAAUUCGCUUUUGGUCACUUCGGUAGAUCAUUCGGGUCCAAUCAGGAAUUAUCAAAGAUCGCCCUUUUGGUCAUCAUGAGGAAUUCGCUUUUGGUCACUUCGGUAGAUCAUUCGGGUCCAAGUGAUAGAUCAAGAGGGGUCCCUUUGAUUGGACAGGGGUUUUGGGCCAUGUUUCGAUGUCU